AUGUCCCCUGUAGUGACCGAAAGACGAAUUUUCAUCGACGCGGUCAACUCCAUUGACGACAAAGAAGUUCUUAGGAGUAUGCUCAUACAAAAAGAGCAAGAAAAAGACGACAUAGCGAAUAACUUGGAUAUAGCUGCACGUUUAGGUCUAGCAAUUUCAGAAAAGAACGAAGAACUACAAAAGAAGCUUAACAUUGCCACGCAGGCCGAGGCACAGGCAUAUAUGAGGCUUUCCGCUUUAGAAGAGGAAAAUCGAAAGUUGUUUUCUAAAGCUUCUCAAAGUAAUGAACUUUCAUCCCAGUUGGCCGCCAGCGAGGAUCAGGUCAAAGCUUUACGUGAACAUAAAGCUUUUCUUCAAAAAGAACUCGACACUGCUCGAAGGGAGCUAAAACGAUUCCGUAAGGAAUUGGAUACUCUUACUGGUCAAAUGAACGAUAUGGCCGAGGAUAUGUGGGAAUCGCGAAACAAAGUGAACACAUACUCCAAAAAAUUAGUGGAGGUUGAACAACAUCUUUCAGAUACGCAAGAAAUGAAUGUCAAUCUUUCCAUACAAUUAGAAAGAUCUUUGAGUUCUCAAAAACUUUCUAGCGCAACUACUACUCAGAUCGUAAAAAUGAUUCAGGCUGAUCUUGGCAGAGUUGUUCUUGAGAAUGAACAUUUACGCGCUAGCGUCAGCGAAUUGGAAAACCGCCAAGUGAAAUGUGAGGGUAAAUUAAGUGAAAUGAUGGUUUCGGCUCAAGAAUAUGCACAUCUUUUGGAAGAAGCACAGGAUACCAUUCAUUCGCUAAGCGAGACUCGCCUCGAAUCUGAUAUCGAGAAUUUGGAGAUAUCACCUGGACGAAGCCGCGGACACGCUGAUAAAAUAAUUGUCAAGGAUUCUCCUCCAAUGAAAGGCACACCAUUUUCAACUGAAGUUGAGCAACAAUUGGAAAAGACUAUAGAGGAAAGAUUAAUUUCACAGAUGAACCCGGCCCGAACUCAUUUCCCACAGGGUCAUAACACUUCUGUAGAUAUGAAAAAAGCAGCGGCAGGCCUAAAAUAUUUGUUAUCUGCUCGCGAAGUGGAGGGGAAAGAUGUUGGUAAAGGCAAAAGUCCAGAGAGACGACCAUUCGGUGGCGGUCAUGUAUUACAUUCCUAUAACGUCCGAUAA